GGGAUGAUGAGCCGCACGUGAUGAUGAGAAUCGGCAUCAUUGGGAGUGAUUUCGAGGGAGUAGAGUGUUUAAGGACAUGGCAAGGUGCUUGGAUGUGGGUUCAAGAAUUCUCUCAGAGCUUGUCUCCGACGAUGGACCCACACAGAUGGAAUUGAAACUGCGCGCUGUGCUGCAAUUUCACCAAGCCCAGAAACAGGAACACAAAUUGGACCUCCAGCGUCUGUCAGAGACCCAUCCUGUGACCAAGGUGGAUGCUGACUUUCGUCGAGGUCUCGAGGAGCUUAUCCACGACCACGUGAGCAGUUGCAUUCGCUUGGCAUCGAACGGUCGAUCCCGAGAUGCCCUGGACAGCGAAGGUAAUGCUGGCUGCGACGUGUACGAUGAGGUAGCGAUGGCGGAUCGUGAGGAGAUGGCCGCUCGAGCGUUUCUUCUUCAAGGAUCUGCUGCUCAUCAACGUGAGUUGGCAUCAGCGCUGGAGCGUCGAUUGAACGCUACGCUCCGCGAAGGGAACAUGCCGCGGAUCUCAGAGAUUGAUGUCGAUACUAGUAGGAUGGGUAAUCCCGGCCAGUCUCAGUCGCAAUCGGGAUCAGAGUCGAACUCGAAGUCGCGAUCGAUCAUUGAGAGCAGCCUUCUGAGACGUAGGCGUCGGCUUCUCGAGCGCCGACUUCAGCGCCAGCGCGACGAAGAGGAGGAGUGCGCCGACGAUGACGCGGAGUCUGGUCAGCGGCGGGCGCGAGGGGAGGAAGACGGGAACCGCACGUCGCCGGUGGCGGCGGAGGGCAAUCGAAGCCUUCGCCGGAGAAAUGGAGGGGCGGGGCAGGAAUUCGGGUCGUCGUCGUUUGGGGGAGCCGGAUAUCGGGGGGAUGGCAUGCCAGAGAGCUUGCGACGGCAUCCAUUGUUGCAGGCAAGAGGCAGCGGGGAAGGGUCUGCUGACGGGCUGACGAGCAUGGAAAGACAGGACAGGGAGGCUGAAUUGCUGGCUUUGGCGGGGCUGCACGCAGUCUCGAUGUUGGACCGGGAGUUCUUGGUAGAAAGCGGAGGGAGACGGGAGUCGGGAUCGGGGUCGCCGUCAUCAGAGGAGGGGGCGGGAAUGGAGCGCCCAGUGCGAGCCUCUCAGCUGGUGCAGCGAUGGCGGGACAUCGAGCUGGAGAGAGUGGCAUCGAGAGAGAGGGGGAGAGGGAGGGAGAGGGAGAGGGAGAGGGAGAGGGAGCGGAGCGAAGGGAAUCGCCGUGAUCAGGGAGGUCGGACGAGGUCAGCGAUCUGGGAGACGGAGAGAGAAAGGGAGAGGGAGAGGCAGAGAGAGACGGCGAGGGAGAGAGAGGUGGAGAGGCAGCGGGAGCUGGAAUUGCUGAGGGAGAGAGAGAGGGAACUGGAAACGGCGUCUAGUUUGUUGCGGAGAUGGCGGGAGUUGGAAGUGGCGCGGAAUUUGGAAAGGGAGCGGGAGACGGAAGUCAGGAGCUCGCGAGUGCGCCGCCGGUCCAGGCAGAAUGGCGCGGAGAUGAGUGGUAGCGGUCGGGAUAGCGGAGCUGCGAGCAGCGAUGCCAGCGAGACGACAGCGGAGAGCUCGGGGGGGGAGGGGGGGAGAGAGAUCGGGUCUGCUCAACAGCAGAGAGGGUCGUCCGAUUGCCCCCAGAGAGGGAUUCCCAUGCCAUCGCCGCGAGGGGGAAGGCGUUCUGGCAGUCUUGUUGUUCGGUUCGCAGAGAGCAUGGGUCGGACGACCGGUAGUAGCGUUGGAGCUAGUAGUGCGUCGGCGGCGAACAGGUUUGCGGAAGAGAGAGGGAGAGAUAGCGGAAGUAGUGCGCUUGAUGUGGUGGCGGAUGAAGGAGUGGUGGGCUUGCAAGUCGCGUUGAGUACUGAGAGGGACGGCGGCGGAACGCGCGAGAGAGAGAGUUCCAGAGAGCUCGAAAGAGCGCUGGAACGACGGAGGAGCUUGCAGCGGGAGAGGCAACGUGACCAGGAUGCUAGGCGAGAUAAUCACGAGAUAGAGAGGGAGUUGGAGAGGACGAUUGAGAGGGAGAGAGAGAUUGAAAGAGCGAUGGAGCUACAGAGGGUGGUGGAGAGAGAGAGAGAAAGGGAGGAGAUCGAGAGGGGGGUGACGAUUGAAAGAGGGGCAGAGAGAGAGAGCGCGUUAGAGAGGGCGAUGGAGAGGGAGGGAGAAAUUGGAAGAGCGAUGGGCCGACAGAGGGUGAUGGAGAGACACAGAGAAAGGGUGGAGAUGGAGAGGGGGUUGAGUAUUGAAAGAGAGGCGGACAGAGCGAUCGAGAGAUUGAGGGAGAGGGUGAGAGAGAGAGAACCUGAGACAGAGACAGAGGCAGAGACGGAGUUGGCCUUACGAAGAGGAAGAGAUAUGCAGAGGGAAAUGCAGGGAGCGAUGGACGGGGGCUAUGAGGCUGAGGGAGAGAUAGGUAGAGUGAUAAGGCGAGCGAGGGCGAUGGAGAGAGCAAUGACGGAGAGAGACAGAGCCGCGCUGCAGAGGGAAAGGGGUCUGGAAAGGGGUCUGGAGUGGGUGAUCGGAAUGGGUGAGGAGAGACGAAGACAGCUGGUGAGGGAGAGGCAGAGGGACCUAAUGAGAGAAGCGGAGAGGCCGUUGUCGCGGGAGAGGGUGGUAGAUGCGCCUAGAUUGAUUGCGAGCGGCGCUACGGAGAUUAGCGGAGCGAUGGAAGCGCAAGUCGGCGGGACGGCGGAUAUAUCAGCGGAGGACGCGCAAAGUCCCAGAGACAGCUCCUCCGGUAGCGAUACAGAGCGAGAGGCCACCCACUUGUCGAGGUCGGCUGAUAGAGGGAGAGGAGGUGGACAUGGAGAGGAGGGGAGAGGGGGGGGAAGAGAGGAGGGGGAUGGGAGAAGUGUUGCCGAGCGUGGGAGGGAACGAGGAGCGGGCGCUGAAGGCGAGGGGGGGGUUGGAACAGCGAUGGACAGACAGGCCGAGAGAGAGAGACUUGUAGCAAGCAGGCAGAGGGAGCUGCUUAGGCUCUGGGAGCGUCACAGGGGUUGGGAACGGGAGGAGAGGGAGAGGGAGAGACAACGAAACUGGGAGGCGCAAGAAAGGGCAUCGGUGCAAGAACUCCGGGCCCGGAGAAGAGAGGCGGAGCAGAGGGCGGCCAUAGCCGCUUCUGCCGCCGCAGCAGCAGUGGCAGCGGCCUCGCAAGAAAGGCUAGCGGCGGUGCAAAGAGCGGGAGAGACGGCUACCAGUCGAAGAGAAGACGAAGUGUCUGCAAUUGCAAUGAACGUACCUCGAGGCAGUGACCAGGUGCAUGAAGUGGGUGGAGCUUGGCCCGACCGCAGCAACGCUCCUCAGUUUAGUUUCCGACAAAGAUUGCAGUCGUUAUUUCGUGGUCAUGCAGGUUCUGGGGACGUGCCUGCUCCAGCGGAAGAUAGGCGAGCUGCCGAAGAACUGCGGGAGCUAUCUCGGUGGAGAGAGAGACUGCUGGGUGGAGCCAGAUCACAACUGGAUGCAGUGGAGAGGCUCGAUUCCCUCAGAGAUGUCAGCGAAUCAUCAUUGACACCUUCGACGACAACAAGCAGGUUGGAUUCCACUACAGUUGAUGACAAUCAAGCGUCUGUGGGCGGCGGGCGAAUCGCUCAGCCAGCUGGCGGAGCGGUCGUAUCAACCGUUCAUACAGCUGUUCGAAAUUUUGGUGGCAAUGCUGCAGCUGGCGUUGUUGGCCCCCGCGCCCUCUUGGGGGUUCAACCCGGGGCAUCGGUUGCCGUCGAUAUCCGCCCUCCCCCCUCCGGAGUAUCCCCCUCUGCUUCAUCCGCCGCCGCUGCGUCAGCUUCUGUUCUCUCUUCCUCUUCCUCUUCCGCAUCGUCCGCGGUUUCUUUCGCGGCUUCUUCCGCGGCUUCUUCGGCAUCCUCCGCGGCGACUUCUUCUACCUCUUCCAUCUCUGCUGCUGCUGCUGCUGCUGUAUCUUCCUCGACAGCGACGAGCGACAGCAUCAGUCCUCCUUCAUCGUCCAUUACGGGGACGGGCACGGAUAUCGACUUUGGCACGGCGACGUCCUUGCUUGGGCCCGCCAGCGCGGAAACAGGAAGGGGAAUGGGGGAACGGCGCGCGGAUAUCGGCGCUGUCUCCGCUGAUGGGGAGAGCAGAAGCGAUGCGCUGCUUGUGACAUCUUCGAGGCAAGCGCGCAUUCGUCUGCGGCGAAACCUGCGGCGCAAUAGCACGAUGGAGAUUCAAGACCUCGCUGGAAGGCGGACUGUGAGCAGUAUUCUUUCAGGUGAAUUCCGGAACCGAUUGGACGAUUUGGUGGGGUCUCUUCUACAGCGACAAGCUAUUGCCCGGGAAAUUCAACGACUUCGACAGCAGCAGCAGGUGGAACGGCAGCAGCGACUGCAGCAGCAGCAGGAGGGUCCAGUUUCACCUCAUGCGGAUGGGACCCGGCAGCAUGAGGCUCAGCAGCAGACACCACAGCAGCAUCAGCCUGUCGAACAGUCCGGGCAGGUGCAGCAGCAGGUGCAGCAGCCUGCUCCCCAGCCAGCUGCGCAGCAGUCUGCUCCCCAGCAAACAGUGCAGCCAUUGUCUCGUCAGCAAUUGGUGCGGCAGUCUGCUCCCCAGCAAGCGGCAGAGCAGUCUGCUCGUCAGCAAGCAGUACAGCAGUCUUCUGCCCAGCAAGCAGUGCAGCAGCAGCGGCCCGGACCACACCAACUUGCUCGGCAGCAAGCAGUACAGCAGCCUGCUCCCCAGCAAGCAGUGCUGCAGCAGCCUGAACCGCAGCAGCCUGCUCGGCAACAGUCGGCACGGCAGCAGCCUGGAAGCCAGCAGGCCCCGCUGCAGCAGCCUGCAGGCCAGCAGGAUCCACGGCAGCAGCAAGUGCAAGAACAAAAUGCUCAUCAGGAAGCACAGCCACAAGAUGAGCUCCAUCAGCAGCAGUCACGGGUCACACCCCGACGUCAGUCUCACCGCCAUCCAUUGCGUCAGCAGAGACAGCAACAGUCUCCAGCACAGCAGCAGCAACAGCAGCAGAGGCAACUACCGUCGCCUCAGCAUCAGCAGCGAAGGCAAUCAUUGUUGCCUCAGCAGCAACAGCAGCAGAGGCAAUCGUUGGUCUCUCAGCCGCGGACACAUCAAAGGCAAGCGCCAGCAUCGCAGCAACAGCCAUCGUCACAACUGCAGCAGCAGUCGUCGCCACAACUGCAGCAGCAGUCCAGGCAACUACCGUCGCCGCGUCAAGCCCAGCAGGAGUCUCGGCAGCAGCAGUCGAGGCAAUCGCGAUCAUUACAGCAGCAGACACCAUUACCACCGCAACAACAACGAUCAACGAUGCAAUCGUUGCAGCCGAGGCGGCAAGCUCAACAGACACCUCAGACGCAACAGCUGAGAAACCAACCACGUCAACAGCAGCAACAGCGCGUGGAGCAGCUGCCCGAUCCGGUGGACCAGGAGAUUGUACAACAACCAGCACAGCAGCAGCAAGGAGAGCAACCGCCAAGUCCGAUCGCAGAACACUCUACUCCUGCCUCUGUGCAAGGGGGAGGUGGAUCAGUCUCGUCUGCCUUGGCUCGGCGUAUUUAUGCGCUUCAGCAGCAAAGUAACACACUUCAGCAGCCGCAGCCGCAGCCGCAGCAGCACCAGCAGCCAUUGCAGCAGGUACAGCAGCAAUUGGCAGAAGUGCCCGCGGACGCAGGUGAAGGCUCUGUGAUGCCAUUUCCCAGGAGGCUGAGUCUCGUUCAGCAGCAGCAGCAACAACACAUCCAGCAGGUGCGGGAGCAGUUGACACAUGUUCAAGAGCAAACUGGGAACGGGUCUGAAGCUCCUCUGGCAAGACGCCUGAACUUCAUUCAGCAACAGCAAGAGCACUUACAGGAAGUGCUUCAAGCAGCUGCUGAGACCGCAAAUGAGCAGGUUGAGAGGGAGAGUGGAGCUGAUAUGAGGGGGGAGAUGGCAAGGCUCCAACAGAUGAUGGGGCAGCUUCGCCAGAUGGUGGAGUCAUGCAUGGAGAUGCAGAUGGAACUCCAGAGAUCAGUGAGGCAAGAAGUGGCUGGAGCCUUCCAGCUGAUGUACGAUGGUGGCAGAGGUGUCGCGCAGGAGCCGGUGGACCCUUCUCGCUGGCAGGUCGUAAAGGAAGGACUUUGCUGGAUCUGCUGUGACCGUCAGAUCGACUCCCUCUUGUACAGGUGCGGACAUAUGUGCAUGUGCUCGACAUGUGCGAAGGAGUUGCAAGGCAUAAGCGGGAAGUGUCCGAUGUGUAGAGCGCCCAUCUUGGAGGUUGUGCGGGCUUUUCGCGCAACGUAACUCGCUGGGAACGGUCUUCUCGUGACACGGACGUCCUUCCGGUGACAGGGUUGUCCUCUACUACAUGACUAUGACUUAUGGCUCACUGUGAAAGGUACCGUAGUUUUGAAAUGAAAUGCCCCACACCAAGCAGAUAUUGUGUGCGGUGGGGGUCUGUUUGCUAGGGUUGGGGAUGUGGGUGGCUUGUUUUGAGGAGUAGAGAAGAGAGAGGGUGGUGUAGGUGGGUGUAGGCGCUGAAUUGCUGCGGUGUUCGGUGAAUUGUAUUCUAAAUUCUACUAAGAUAAUAGUGCAUGGAACCUGAAAUGUAAUUGUGCUGUGUUGUUUAGAUGGGUUGCAAGGGAUCAUUCCAGGGAGGCAGGUGGAGACCUGGGAGAUGUGUGCAAAUAAUGGGCAAAGCCCUCCGCUUCUCUAUUGCAAGGGUGCUUGUAAAUUGUUUAAGCUUUUGCUAUCAGGUUUUAUGACAAGGCUCGAACAUACUCUGCGUGAGCAUGCAGCCUUGGUCGUUAUUCGCGCGCACACACACACACACACACACACACACACACACACACACACACACAUACACACACACACACACACACACGUACACAGAGAGAGAGAGAGAGGGAGAGAGAGAGAGGGAGGGAGAGAGAGAGGCUGGACCAUACUCUGCGUGAGCGUGCAGCCUUGGUCGUUUUUUGCACACGAGAGGGAGAGAGAGAGGCUAGAACAUACUCUGCGGUAAGAAGAGCAAAGUAGUCCCAUGCAGCAAUUGGAACUGCAAUCCCUUGGUCCCAAGAGGUGGGACCGGCUUGGUCCCAAGGGGUGGGACCAGGCCCUCUCCUCUUCACUUGAAUUGAAUUGACAGGCACCAUUGCUGCUUUGCUACGACGCACAUGUCACACAGCUUCUUCUUGCCAGGUUGCAAAAGGCGACGGAGUGGAGAUCAACGAACAUGCACCCACAGACAUAUGGAUAGAUUGGAGGAUGACAGACAGAUCAGGGGAGUUACUCGUGAUUGCGUGCGCACACACACAACAUGCAAAUGAGGGAAAAGAAAAAGACGGCAGAUCGGCAAGUUUGCGAGGGUCAGUGUCGGCGUGGUGGAUCCGGAGUAGUGCUCAGGAUGUAAGGUGUUGUCAUCGUAACUUAUGACGGACUUGGACGGUGGGACACUUUUUCGUUGAUUAGAGAAUUUGCGGAGGAUUAUCAUUGGUCGGAGACUCGGAGGUGUCGGGAACUGUUUAGAUCGAAGGAAAUUCUGCAACUCCCUUGCAACCGUGUACAUAGCCGUACCGGAUCUGCGAUGAUGGUCUUCGAUCUCGAAGUUUCAAGUUUUCUGUCAAUCUUGGGACUACGCGACCGAAGUGCAGUCAAACUCGCUCGGGGAGUCUUGCUCGCGGAGAGUCUCGCUCGGGGAGUUUGAUUGGUCGAAAUCGCCUAGUAUAACCGACGCGAUUAGACCGUCUCAGAAAAAUGGUUGUGGACUCCAUGAGGAUGAAAAUUAGGUCAGGUCAGAUGGAGAAUGACUACCAGAAACUGUGAAUCGGUAUGUGUGUUGUGAAGUGGUGUAGCUUGUAUGGAGGGAAGAUAUUCUCACCACCUCCGGGGGGAGGGGAGGGGGGGGUGGGACAGCUCCUAGGCAAUGGUGCAGUUGAAAACGU